UAAAAUGUGCUACAACUAGAAUUCUAAUUGAAUUUGAGUGUUUAUUAGGUGUUUGGCUACGAUAGGAGCUCUUGCUUGUUGAAGUGCGCCCGUGCAACAUUUUUAUUGUCGGUAAAUUUGUUUUAUUAACGCACCGUGAAAGAAUACAAUAUGAAUUCCAGCCAAAGCUCUGUACAAGAGGAAAAUGCAAGCAGCGCUAUGCAAGCACCUCGCCGCCGAAAAACUACCAGCAACGAAGAUAGAGAGCGCGUGGUAACGGCGUAUGAAAACGGAGCCACUGCAGCUACGAUUAGCGAAAUGUUUAAUUUGAAAAAACCGACUGUCCAUGGUAUCAUCAAAAAAUACCAAACCCAAUGGCAAAUCGAGGCAAAGAAGUGUGGUGGCAACAGAUCUAAACUAUUGUCGCAGCAAGCCGUAAAUGAUGUUCGGAACUGGAUCGACGAGGACUGCACGGUGACGCUUAAAGCACUCGCAGAGAAAGUGUUCGAACAACACGGUGUUCGAGUUUCGUCCACAACCAUAGCGAGGGAAAUAAAAGGAUUCAACUACUCUCUGAAGAUGGUCAAACUGUUACCGGAGCGACGCAACACACCAACGACUAUCGAAGAAAGGAAACAUUACGCUACACAAUUUUAUGAAAUUGCGCGCGGAAUUCCGGAUAAUGGAUUAAUCUAUUUAGACGAAGUAGGAUUUAACGUCAGUAUGCGUACGCUAAAAGGACGAUCGCAGAGAGGAACACCGGCCACCAUCACCGUUCCACAGUUAAGGACUAGGAACAUCUCCAUCAUUUGUGCUAUGCAUCGGUACGGCGUGCUGCUUUACACCACAAACACUCGAUCCGUAAACCGUGAACGGUUUAUACAGUUUAUUGAAGAACUAAAGCAAACCCUGCGAUCGAAGGACAUUAACAGCAGCUACUUCAUAAUGGAUAAUGUAGCUUUCCACAAAACACCCGCAGUAAGAGUUGCAAUCGGAAAUGAUAGCGACAAACCUUUAUAUCUACCACCCUACUCACCAUUCCUUAAUCCUAUUGAAAAUCUUUUCAGCCAGUGGAAGAAUUUUGUGAGGCGAAACAAUCCUUCAAAUGAGGAUCAAUUGAUGGAAGCGAUUCGGAAUGGAUCCAGGCUAAUAACCGCACAGGAUUGCGAUGGCUACAUUUCGAAUAUGUGGCAAUACAUGUCCCGUUGUUUGAGGGGCGAAGAAAUUUUAGAUUAA